CCCCCCAAAUUUCUCUAUCUCUCACCCACCCCCUAAAAAGAAAGAAGCAACAAAAAGAGUGACAUAAAGCCAAUAGUAACAUCAUCAUCAUCAUCAUCAUACUCCAUAACAUCAUCAUAAUCUCCUUUGAUUUUCAUUUUCCCUUCAUUCCCACCAACUACCAUACAUACCCACCUCUUCAAACUUGCAUAAAACCAAGUUACUUCAUUUUACUGUAACUCUCUCCAACCCUUCUUCUGUUUGAAUUUUCAUAGGUAGAACUCAUCAAACUUCUUCAAGAACCCACGAGGUCAGAGAUAUUGAAGCAGGGCUUCCAAUGACUUCUUGUCAAUCAUUCCGGUACUAAAAAAACUCUGUCCUUGUUCUGUUUUUUGCCAGUUCUCUCUCUCUCUCUCUCCAAGAAUCCAACUUUUCCUUGUUUUAAAUAUUUCCUUUUAACGUACUUGAACCUUAGUUACUCAGAACAUAUCAAAAGGAAACAGAACUAUAAACACACUGUAUCAAUCUGUUUGUUUUGAUUAGUUAUUUCGCUAUAUCAACUCUGUUUCUGUUCUGUUUUCCCUGUCUGGUAUCUAUCUUGCAAACCAAACAGAGAAUUGCAAAAUAUUAAUAUACCCAUUAGAGAAAACAUUGCAAUGGAUUCAUUCAAUCAAACCACUGGCUUCCGUUAUAACCCAUGCUCAAACAGAAUGAGUCAUCAUUCUGAUGAUGAAUCUGAGUUUUCAGGGAUUCUUGACAUUUAUGUUCAUCAUGCUAGGAACAUUCACAACAUAUGUAUCUAUGAUAAACAAGAUGUCUAUGCAAAAUUUUCUCUUACUUAUAACCCAGAUGAGACUGUCUCAACUAGAAUCAUUAAUGGUGGUGGUAAAAAUCCAGAUUUCAAUGAGAACUUGAGGUUGAAAAUCACCCAAGUUGAUGCAGUCUUAAAAUGUGAAAUUUGGAUGCUCAGCAGGGCCAGAAACUACCUGGAAGACCAACUUCUGGGAUUUGCUUUGGUCCCAAUUUCACAAGUUGUUGGCAAAGGAAAGGUGACCGAAGAUUACAGCCUCUCUUCCACUGAUCUCUUCCACUCCCCUGCAGGCACUGUCCAAUUGAGUCUUUCUUUAGACACUUCUCUGCCUAUUAAUCCCUCUGCCAAGUCUUUAUCUGAAUCAGCUACCAAUUCAUCAAUAUCUUCAGAAGUUGUAUUGCUUGAUAGAAAAAUCUCAGAAGUGAUCUUAGACCCAGGAGAGUAUUCCAGGAUUGAAUUUCCGGACAUUAAUGUUGUUAGAGAGAAUCAACAAAUGGUGUCUGAGUACUUUGACUUGGCAGGGCAUGGCUCUGGUUCUAGGCUUAAAUCCACAGGACUCGUUUCGUUUCUCCAACUUGGUUCUUCUCCUCAAUCUGUUGAUGACUAUGAAAUGACUGUUAAUUCAUCUGAGGAACAUCGUGGUGGAUUGGAUUCUCCUAAUGAAAGCAUACAGAAUUCUGGGUUCUUAAGUUCAACUACAAGCAGCAUAAGUGAUGACAGAAACUCGGCAGAGUCAAUCGAGAAAAAGAGUCGCUUAUGCGGUGAAUCAUCAAAUUCUGUCAAUGUCUCAAUCACUACUGAGGCUAAUCAGAACUCUGGUGCUAGUCCAGACACUCCAACUUCAAAGAAGGGGACUGAAAUCAGAGAUGAAAAAGAUUCACAUUUCACAAGCAAAGAGGAGGAGAACAAAAAGGAUAUGCAUAUGGGCUCUGCCAAAUUUGGUCAAGUUUUUUCAGCUCCACUUGGGAAUAUCAAUCUUGAGGCUGAGCAGUCUGCCAUGCAGCAGCAAAUAGUAGACAUGUAUAUGAGAAGCAUGCAUCAGUUUACUGAAUCUUUGGCAAAAAUGAAGCUUCCAAUGGAUCUUGAUAAACCAGAAAGUGAAGACCGUGGCGAUGUGAUUCAAAACCAUAGCACCAAUUUAGAAAUUGAUAAGAAGAAAAAGGAUGGAUCGCGUGUGUUUUAUGGUAGCAGGGCAUUCUUCUGAUUGCUAAUUGAUGCUGCAUAGCUGACAGUGAGUUUGUUCUAGCUAAAUAUGGAGUUUAAUUUAUGGUAACUUUUGAUUCCUCUCAGCUUCUUAUGUGUUAUUCAUGACAGAUUUCAGUUUCUUGAGGCUUACUUAACCUCUUCCCCCAUGUUGAUGUCAGAUAUUUUCUUGAUAUUUAGUGGCAUCUGUUCCAUUGACUGAAA